CUUGCCAGCCUGCGUCGCCUCUGGGUUGAAAUAAUUCGGUCUGAUAGCGUAGUCGGGCUAAAUGCCGGGUUGCUUCGCUUGCUGGUAGUUUAGGAGCUUGAACUGAACUGACUAUUCUGAAGCCAGUUGAGCUGGGUGGGGUUUUCUACAGAUAAACGCAGACGGGAAGAAUAAAGUUGCGAGACUGGAUAUUAUUCCUAUUUUGCUAGCUAACGUAACUGUUCUCUGGACAAAAGGCAGAUAUGGGGAACAGAGUUGCUCGCGACGAUUACGAAUGGGUUUACACGGACCAGCCACAUGCUGACAGGAGAAAAGAAAUUUUGGCGAAAUACCCAGAGAUCAAAUCCCUGAUGGGCCCGGACCCCAGGCUGAAGUGGAUCGUCUGCAUGAUGGUGGCUGUCCAGUUCCUGGCGUUCUACCUGGUGAAAGACUUGGACUGGAAGUGGGUCCUGUUCUGGACGUACACCUUUGGCAGUUGCGUCAACCACUCCAUGACCCUGGCCAUCCACGAGAUAUCCCACAACGCGGCCUUCGGCAACCACAAGGCCAUGCGGAACCGCUGGUUCGCCAUCUUCGCCAACCUGCCCAUCGGCCUGCCAUACUCGGCCUCCUUCAAGCGCUACCACCUGGACCACCACCGCUACCUGGGCGGCGACGGGGUGGACGUGGACAUCCCCACCGAGUUCGAGGGCUGGUUCUUCUGCACGCGCGUCCGCAAGUUCGUCUGGAUCGUGCUGCAGCCCCUCUUCUACGCCAUCCGGCCCCUGUGCAUCAACCCCAAGCCCAUCAGCCAGCUGGAGCUCAUCAACGUGGCCGUGCAGCUGUCCUUCAACGUCGCCCUCUACUGGCUGUGUGGCGCCAAGCCCGUGGUCUACAUGCUGGCGGGCUCCUUGCUGGGCAUGGGCCUGCACCCGAUCUCCGGCCACUUCAUCGCCGAGCACUACAUGUUCCUGAAGGGCCACGAGACCUACUCCUACUACGGCUCCCUCAACCUGCUCACCUUCAACGUGGGCUACCACAACGAGCACCAUGACUUCCCCAGCAUCCCGGGGAGACGGCUUCCUCAGGUGAAGAAAAUUGCAGCGGAGUACUACGAUGACCUGCCCCAGUACACGUCCUGGGUCAAGGUCCUAUAUGACUUUAUCAUGGACGACCAGCUGAGCCCCUACUCUCGCAUUAAAAGGAAGCUGAAGGGGGAGGUCAAACAAGAGUGAGCACUUCCUGUUGUGAGUUCUCUCAUUUCCUACAGCAUCACACUGGUCUGCCUGAAACCACCAUGGACUCUACUGCUUUUGCGUAUUAAUAUACUGUAAACAUGUACAAAAACAAAUGUACAAAGUGUGUAUGUGAAGUGCGCGUGCUUUUUUUUUUUCUUUCUUUCUCUCUCGCUCCCUUUUCUUCAAAGAACAAUUUUCAGUGUGUUCAACAGUUCCUGAAAAUAUGCCAGCAUUCCUGGUCAUCAACAGUGCAAAUGCAGGCCAGUGGUUUGUACGCGGGGGGGAAAAGAAUCAUACUUCACUCGCCAGCCUUGAUAUAAUUACAGACUGAACUGGAACGCUGCUGAAUUCUGAGGUAUUAGUUUUUACUUAAAGUGGCCUUGACCUUGUUUGUGAUGGCCGCUUUGUCUUCAACAAGUAACAUGGCCGACCUAGCAUGAGGCAGUUUUAAUAACAGCAUAUUUUAAAUGUUUUAUUCCAUUGGGAAUAUUAGGAAGGACACCAGAUUUAUUGCAUGAAGCCACUUUUUCCAGAGAGUAGCUUAUCUGAUGCUGAAUUUACUUAAACAUAAUACCUGCUUCAUGGUGAUUAAUAUUUAUUGUCAGUAAUAAGUAAUAAGUCCUCAUUAGUUCACCAGAUAAUGGGGCGGCCUGCAGUUAAGAUUGUAAACUGCCAUAUUAAAUGCUACUGAAAUCUUAAUUUUUUAGGUGAACCCUUCAUCCGCUGUCUUUUAUUAUUGGCAGAGGAAGCGGUUUUGUAGUGGAGAGUUAGGUGGUUUAAAACAUUACUCAAUAUAUCAUCACUUGUUCUUCAGUUACUGGUUUAUCAGUUUUUGUGUAUUUGAGACAUAUAUCCUAGUUUCCUGGGUAUAUAUAUUUUUCCUGGAUCUCAGAUGUUGAAACUGAGAUUAUACAAACAUUUCAGAAAAAAGAAUAGUUUGAUACGUUUCCUUGAAUGUAACGUAAGAAUGCUUUGUUGCCCAGCACCCCCAAAUCAAGGUUGACCAAAUGGGUGCAACCAGGAGCCGGAGACUCAGCUCUUCCUCAUAACAAUGGGAUGAGGAAUUUUUUUUACUAACGUGCGAAUACAGGGUGGCCCUGUUGCUUUAACAGUGGAUUUUUGGAGUUUCCUGUGGUAAAUAUGUUUUAAAAUAGAUGUUCUCAUUUGUCCACCUCCUUAAAAAGCGUUGAAAUUGAUGGUCUCUGCUGGGUAGGUCAAAGCUUCCAGUGUAGGUUUGCCUAUUUUUUUUUUAAAAAAGGCAAAGCCCAACAUCUGACAAGUCAGCAUGGUGAUGUGUUUCAGUUUUCUGAGUAACUUGAAAGAAAGAAAUGACCUUUCAACGAAAUAAACUUGUGCUUUUUACUCAUGUACGUGUGGAGCUUCCAAAGUCCUGUCAGGUUGCGCGAGUGUGCACUGCUAGAUGGAGCUUUCUGCGCAGUGUACCCAUGCGUUAGCAUUCCUGGCACGUCGUACACAUUCCUGUGAGUCACGUUGUCCGGUUUUGCUUCACCACCAUAAUGCCCACAGUGUGAAAUGAAUGUUUUAAUUUAUUUCAAUUCAUUUCUUCAUUUGGUGAUUCAGCGCAACACUGAACCUGACACCAAUCGCAGGUGACGAAGUCAUACAGGAAACUGCAGUUAGUUGGAAAAAAAGGGAGUGAACUGUUCCUACAUAUGACAUCACUUGUAAUACCUAUGCUGUAAUGGUCUCGUUAGAUAAACGGACUGGUGUCCAGGUUGACUGUACAAUCCUGUGCAACCCCAAAAGACCAAAAAAGUUACACUGGCAGAAAUGAGUCCUUUUUUUUUUGCCGCCAUGUUGUAAGCACAUGCACUUAUGCUGUAGACCGAUCAAUAAUCUGUGUCCUUAACAUUAGCAAGUCAACAAAAAAAAAACUACAACUUAUUUGCGCUCUCGUUCUGAAUCGGCCUGUGCUUUUACGGAGCUCACUCUCCUGGGGCUGAGUCGCACAUUUAUCAGUAUUAGUGGAGCUUGAGGAAGCCCUUCAGUUCAGUGAGGACACUGUCUGCUUCAGAGGCUUUUUUCUCAGAAGCCUCGCAUGUUGGGCUCGUGGAUUCCAUGCCAACGGCCAGUCGAUGCACACCGAGGUCCUCUCGUCCAAUCAGAUCAGUUCCACCCUCACUGUUUCGCUUUGCUGUAUUAAUUUGAUUUCAAUAAACUGUGCAAUUGACA